UGCGGCCACACACCGCCCCGCCCGACGCGGCAUCACAAGGGCGGUGCGGCCCUUUCCCCGCCCUCGCGCAGGCGCGGCCCGGCCAUGUCCGCCGUGGAGCGGCGCUUGGCCCAGUUCCGGGCCUCCCGCGGCAGCGCUGCCGUCGUUCCCGUGCACCCUUCGGAGCAGCCGGGAAAGGCCGCGGCUCCGCAGCCCGCUGACAGCGCGGAUGGCGGCGGGCAGGCCCGUCCCGGCGGGGCUCCGGUGCCGGUGUGGGCGCGGCCGCUGCUGCUGAAGGUGCUGCUGUGGGCCGUGCUGCUGGCGCUGUUCGCCGAGCUGGACCUGGGACUGCCCUACUUCGUCCUCUCCCUCCUCUACUGGAUGUACGCCGGCACACGCGGCCCCGCCGAGCGGCGACAAGGCGAGCUGAGCGCUUACUCCGUGUUCAACCCCGGCUGCACCGCCAUCGCCGGGACGCUGACGGCCGAGCAGCUGGAGCGGGAGCUGCAUUACCGGCCCGCCGCCGGGAGGUAGCGGAGAUGGGGCCGGGAUGGGCAGGAAGGGGGCGCGGCCGUGCCCUGCGCUUCACCUCUCCCGAAUAAAGCCGUAACAAAGCGCCGUGAGCUUGUCGGUGACUUUCUGCUUACCGCAGGAGGCCGGUGUUGGACUACACCUGUCAUAGAGUGCCCCGCCGCUCUCCCGCCCGGCUAUGUCUAGAUCCAGGACAAGGCAGGAGGCAGUAUCUGUACAACUGAAGCCAGCUGCUGCUUCUGAUCACGCUCCUGUUUCAUCCAAUACGUCAAAUAUUGGUGCAGGUUUCCUGACUGCUUCAUGUUACAUUUACUAUCUGCUGCGUAAGGCGAAAAUAUCUGUUACGGCUCCUGACAGGUGACACCUGUGGUUUUAACCAUCAUUUUGGUUAAAUACUGCAAAUACAGAAUGGCAAGAAGCUCUUAGGUGAAAGAGUAUUUGCCUGUUGCUGGACUUGGUCCUUUUUUACCAUCACACACCUGGCGAUGCUUCUCACCAUCAACCCAUGUGCUGCCAGGUGCUCUUUUCUUUAUGAGCCACUUUGGGGUUUUUGUAAUGAUCUAUCAGUGUUGCUAAUACAUAAAUGAUUGCAUGAAAACAAGCCACUGAUAUUAAGCUUUAGUGAAGAGCAGUUAGUUGAGUUUACACCUGUUUUGUUGAGAACAGAAAUGACAACUUGAUCUUUCCCAUUUCAUUUACUGUUUUAGCAGUGAUUUACGGUUACCACAGGUUCUGUCGUCUGUUGGAUGAACAAAUGGAAGUGUCAGUUGGACUGGAAAGAAUAAUAGGUUAGGGAACAAGUAAUACAUUGUAACGCUGCUAAGCAUCUUUCAGUAUCUCGUUGCAGCACUGUCAGCUUCUAGUACUGCUCUGUUGUAUAAAUUCUAGAUAUUACAUAAAGUCAGCUGCAUAAUUUUCUCGCUUAUAUAUCUUUCACCAUCUUCUGGCUGAGAUGUACAAACCAGCUGAGUUCUCGCUGUUCUUUUUAAUGAUGUCACCUAACUCCAUAUGGAUAACGUGCUCCAUUUUGUUUCUGAUAAAUGAAGCCUCUGCAGGUUCAGAGCACGCUUUGUAUUGGGCACAGAGAUGGAAUAGAAGUCUGGACUUCCAUGGAAGAACUGUGAAUUAAGAGUCUCAACAAUCUUAGGAAGCAUUCUGCUAAUGAUGGAGUAACAAACAGGUGAUAAUUUAGGAAAAGGUAAGUAGACCAGUAAUUGAGAGCGUUUUGUGAGCGAGUUGAAGCUUUAUUCACAAGGAAUAAAAUAAACAUGUUGAUGGCGAGCUGAUAAUUUGACACCUUUCACAGAUCCCAUGGGUGUUUUUAAAACAAGGAGAGACAUGCAAAUAAAUAUUAAGGUAACAUCCAUGAAAUGUUAAAACUUUAUAGCAGCAAUAAUGGAAAUAAAGGCUUAACUUGCUUUAAACUCUAGUUACAGAAUACCAGGGUGAAUUUUGUAGACUAUCCUAUUAAUACCUUGUGAAACAAAUUACUACACUAAAUGAGAAUGAAGCUGAAAGGCACAAGAAAUAAAAGUUCAUGUGGUUCA